UAUUCGCGCGGGAGCAGGCGCUGCGUGAGGUCGUUGAACACUUCUGUUGCGUAACUCCUUGCUUUUAAUAUGAUACUGCUGGGUUCGAAAGCCUCACAGCUGGUCCAGUGCGCUUUGCGACUGUCCCGUCCAAGCAUGCUUGGUUCAGCAGUGAGCAAAUUCCACGGGUCAAGCUGCAGGCAAGACAUCUUCAACAUUCAGGACAAGGAUGACUUCGAAGAGCGUGUACUCAAGAGCGGCAAGCCAGUUCUAAUUGAUUUCCAUGCAAAGUGGUGUAAUCCCUGCAAGCAGCUGACCCCGAGGCUGGAGGAGGCCCUGCAGCAGUUCAAAGAUGAUGUUCACCUGGCAAAGGUGGACAUUGAUGACAAUGAUGAUCUGGCAAUGGAUUAUCAGGUGAGCGCCGUGCCUGUGGUAUUCGCCAUCAAGGGUGGCAAGGUGGCCGACAAGUUCAUCGGCCUUCAGGACUCCGACCGGAUCACCUCCUUCAUCCGCGGGCUGGUCGACAAGUAACUGGCGUCGCCCGCCUGACGUCAUACGUGACGUCACCGUGACGUCACCGCGGCGGCGUGUGAGAUGCGGGUACCCGGGUGGCAUUGGUAGGACGGCUGGCUGAGGGACGCCGACGCUGCCGUUCUCGGCGAUCUGGAUGCCGAUGCCUGACUGAGUGAGACGAUGUACCCUGCGGGGAGCGUGUGUUGCCGGCGUCCCUCGUCACGUCGCGAAGCGAGGGCGCGUGUAGGCUGCGGGUGAUUGGUAGAAGUGACGGAAUGACGGAGUGACGCGUCACGGACGGCGG